UAAAAAUAAUACCAAGGUAAUUUUAAAAUGAUUCAAGACAUCCAAAUAUAAACGCAAUGUAUUUUAUUCGUCCACGUUCGUACUUAUUUUGUUAUAAGUGCAAGAGAUUUGAAAAGAUGUCGUGAAAAAGACUACACCACCUCCUUUUGUUGGUCUGCGUUCGCCUAUAUUAAUUAGGGCUCGGGCACUGACAGUGUGAAAGCACUAUUGUAAUCGUAAUGUUUGAUAUUAUUAUCAUUAUUCUCCCAAAAUGAUUGCGAUUUUGAGGGCCUUAACAUGCCCGAAAACUCACCAAAUUUGGCGAGCGCAUCAGGUCUGGCGAAAAAUUUUAUAUUUUAUGGGUUUCAAAUAUAAUGUUCUAAAACUAACUCACUAGCGCCACCUUGAAAUUAAAAAAAACAACCUCUGGUCUAUGACUGUGUGUGUACAUAGACUCUAUAGCACCACCAACUGGUGGAAAUGUAUAUCUGCCGUAACUUCCUCCCACAUGGUCGGAUCUGCCCGAAUUUUUUUCUGGUGGUUUGGGGUACCCUCUGGUCUAUGACUGUGUGUACAUAGACUGUAUAGCGCCACCAACUGGUGGAAAUGUAUAUCUGCCGUAACUUCCUUAUGGAUGGUCGGAUCGUCUCAAAAUUUUUUUGGGUGGGUUGGGCCGCCAAACAGGACUUGACCACGUACCCGCCUUGGCACCGGUGUCGCCCCCUCCUGGUUGAAAAUUAUAAGUGUCGUAUCUCCCUUGCGCCUUAUCCAAUUGCACCAUUUUUUUUUCGACCGUACCCCCGAGCUGUGCCGGGGUGCUCGAGCCCGCUCAUCACUGCUUGCAGUUUUAAUUUAAUUUUAUUUCUUUUAAUUGUUUUUCUAAUUGUUAGUGCCCACUUUGUAAUGCUUAUGACCGCCAUCUACAGGAAUGGAGUAAAAAUACACAUGUUUAGGAUUACUCUACCUUGGCUGUUAUACAAAUUGGGAAAAUACAAUUUUGAUAUUAAUUAUUAAUUAUAUUACUUUAUACCUGACCACAUACAUACAGUAUAUAACACAUUCGCUAGUAGUGCACUGCAGUCCACAAGCCCUCAUUGGAUUUGACUGUUCAGCGGCUCCCUGAAGAUUAUGAUGUCACCGUAGAAAGAGCAUCACAGGGAUCACAAUCAAGAUUAUCUGGAAAGGAGUAGAGUCUGUGUGAAAGGGCAGUACUAAGGAGAAGUGGCAGCAUUGGCUUCCACACAAACCUGUACUAUACUUAAGUAAUCUUUUUGAACCUCACAGGGAAUAUAACAAGUAAAAUACAAUAUAACAACUAUACCUAAACCAAGCUUUAAACUGGAAGAUGAAGGUAAAAUGGACUAUGUUGGGCAUGGUUGUUUUUUUCCUGCUCUCUGUGGUUAUGACCUUCUGCUUCAUAUGGCAAUACAGGAUACCAAAGUUGAAGACAGUGGCUAUACAAGAAGCACCAGUUGAAGAGAUGUGCCCACGUUAUCCCGAGCCUGUGCCCCUCAAACAUCCCAUCAUAGCAUUGAGGGUGGCUUUAGAGAAGGUUGAUCUUCUUCUGAGGACCAGUGUUGAUCGUACUAAGCUUCCGGCGCUGUCUGCUGUUUUAGUUUUAAAUGACUCUGUUCUCUGGAUUGGUAAUUUUGGGAAGAAGAACAUAAGUGACCCGGAAUCAACCGCACCCAAUGAGUACACAGUGUACAGAAUAGCAAGCCUCUCCAAGAUCUUUCCGACUGUGAUGUUGUACAAGCUGUGGGAAGAGGGACUCGUGGGCUCCCUGGAUGACUCUCUGGAGAAGUACGCAGACAACUUCACCAUCAAGAACCCUCUUGGAAGGAGUGGCAAGUCAGCAUCCUCCCGAGUCAGGACCUUCAACAGACGUUUACCAGCAAUUACCUUGCGAAGGAUGGCCAGCCACCUCUCUGGAUUACCCCGAAGAUUAAGGUCAACUAAUCUCCUUUGGAGUGGAGACACCCAAGCGGCCCUUAAUUUGUUACAGGAUGAUGUCCUUGUUGCAGAUCCUGGAACAAAAUGCCACUAUAGCAAUGUUGCCUUUUCCUUACUGGCCAACAUCCUGGCCCAGAAGCUGACUGGAAUGGACUUUGAGAAGUGGGUUUUCCAUAAUAUUUUGGAUCAGCUCGGAAUGGAGAACACUGGUUUCGAUAUGACUCCUGUGAUUCAGAGACACAUGGCAGUGGGUGUCUAUAGCAACGGUCAGCCCGCACCUCUAUACGAUUUGGGCUGGUAUCGACCUGCAGGUCAAAUGUUCUCUACAACAGCUGACAUGGCCAAACUUAUAAUGGCGCUUCUGGGCUCAUACAGCAGGACGCUACUCCGAAAGGACACCCUGAACACCAUGCUCGCCCCACUUUUCCAAUGCCAGAGUGGCUACUUUGCUAACUACACAGGCACACCGUGGGAGAUCAACCAACACUUGGGGUACGACUUGGUAAGAAAGGAUGGAGAUUUGGAUGGCUAUGCAGCCUCGCUCUCCCUUGUGCCACGACUUAAACUGGGACUGGUGAUCUUGAUGGCCGGAAUCAGACCGUCAAACGAGGAUUUAGUGAGCAAGGUCUACAGCCAUCUUAUCCCUGCAGUGGAAGGCGCAUUCAGGGAUGCUGAACUCACUCUAAGACCACCACCUGACCCAGCUCCUUAUAUAGGAUUUUUCACUUACAAGAAUAUGACUUUCUAUGAGAUCAAAGCAGGAUCCGACGGUGCUUUGGUCAUGCAGCAAUUUGGACCGCUAGUGGAGAAAAGUGUUCCAUCCGAUUACCAAACCGUCCAUUUAGAGUACCUUCAGGAUAGGGUGUUCAGAGUGGUAUUCAAGAGCCCAUACCCAUGCAAGUUAAUGUUCAACAGUGCCUCGGUCUCCCUGGAGAGACAAGACAGACAACUAUUUAAUUUUUACCUCUUUAAUAAAAAAGGUGUUUCACCAGGUUUCGAUUCGCCAGGACUCAACACGUACAGGGUUAUGCGGCUAGCCAGCAGACCAUAUUUUACCACAUGAAGACAGGACGUUGUCAUGGUGGGAGAAAGUCAAGUGUUUUGCAAGUCUCAAGUCAUAUCCCAAGACAAGACAGGUCGAGCCAAGUCCGAAGUCAACUGUUUAGGGUCAUGGUAGAUGACUACACCCUGGACUGAUUAGGUGGUGAUUGGUCAUACUCAAACUGCAUGAUGGUCAGCCACAUGAGUGCUCACCUAUUUCUGCUUUAUAUAUAUAAUAUAUACACCAGGUCUAGCCAAAUAGAUGCCUCGAUCUUUGGAAUAUUAAAUUAAAAUACAGAAAAUAUACAUCAGUUGUGUUGACAUCCUUCCCUUCACACUUACAUUACACAUUACAUCGUUAUAGAAAGUCAUGGUGUAUAAUAAAUGCUUAUGCAACAUUAAUUAUUGCAUUACAUCCUGGCAGGCACCAUGAGCCAAACUAAGAUGGUAGGCAGGGAUUGCACACUAAGCCAAGAAGCCGUGCUUACGUUGGCCUCACUGUAGUUUCGUCUGGAAAUCUGCAAAUUCAGCCAUUUUUAUGGAAGAAAACAAUUAAAAACAAUUGGAGAUUAAAUACAAUUCAAUGGGUAAAUUCAUGCAUUCAUUCAUUCAUUUUCUACCACUUUUUCCUCACAAGGGUCGCGGGG